AUGGAGAAACAGCUUUCCUCGACACCACGGCCUAACUCCCGAACCGCAUCGAAUGCUCGAAUUCAAAUAGUGCGAACAUCGACACCAUGGACGAGAUCAAUACCAGUCGCCAUCCCCUCAAUCGCUGCCAUCAGAUAUGCAUCGACAGCUCCUGCCGCGCAACAAACAGCACAAGCCGCAGCCACGACCACGACCUCAGCAAUACCUCCGCCAGAAUCGACCGCAACAUUUGCGAACCUCGAUACAAUCAACCUUGACAAUAUUGGACAGCCAGGAUAUGCCGACCCAUCCGCAAUACCGGAAGGCAUUGGCUACCUCAAGCAGAUCGGUAUUGACUUUGGGUUUGGUCCCACGAGCGCGAUUGAAUGGGUGAUAGAACACCUCCACAUUUGGGGAGGUCUGCCAUGGUGGGGAUCAAUACUCGCGACUGGCGCCUUGAUGCGUAUCAUAAUGUUUCCACUAUACCUGAAGAUGAGUGAUAGCUUGGCUAGACAACAGGCUUUGGGUUCGGUCACGAAGCCAUUCUAUGAGCGCAUGAACGUCGCGAAAAAGAGCGGUAAUACUGCGGAGGUCAUGCAAGCAUGGCAGCAGGUUGCUGUCAUACAUAAAAGAGCUGGUGUAUCAGUGGGUUCUCAAUUCUUGCCCAUGGCAGUUCAAGGUGUUCUCGGAUUUUGCGGCUUCAGACUGAUGAGAGCGAUGGUGGCACUACCGGUACCAGGACUUCAUGACGGAGGAUUCCUGUGGAUCACGAACCUGACCAUGACCGACGGAUACCUCAUCCUACCCGCCGUAAUGGCUGGCGUUAUCCAUGUAAUUGGAAGAAUCGGAGGAGAGGCAGGAACGUCGGCUCAAAUGCCUCCUAACAUGAAGAAAUUAAUGAUAUACGGUAUGCCUGCGCUUAUCUUUAUCUUCACGGCAUUCCAGCCUGGCGCGAUAGCGUUGUGGUUCUGCGGCACUGGCGCAGUGGGAUUGAUCCAGUCACGUCUGCUUCAACAACCGGGCUUCAGAAAGUUUUGGAAUUUGGCACCGCUCUACAAACCAGCCCCAGGAGAAGGGGCCGAAGGCGGACUGUUUGGAGCCAUGUUGGGCAACAGCGUGAAAAACGCGCAAGAAAAAGCCGCGGCCAGAGCAUCUUCCGCAUCGCAUGCCGGCAAGAGUGCAUCCUUUAGUCAAGCCAGCUACCAAGCACCUGACAUUCAGAAAUCGCGAGGCGGAAAGACGAUUGACGCGACUUUGGUGGACAAGUCAGCGAGCGAUAUGGUCCAGCCGCAGAAGAAGGGAAUGUUCGAUGGGAUCACCAAUCUCCGAGACAAGGCUUCAAAGUCGUUUGCUGAUGUCAAGAAGAGGGCAGCACAAAUAACAGAACAAACCCCAGAACAGAAGGCUAAGGCAAUUAAAGACGACUUCAAAAAGCGAGCCGAGGCAUACGAGAGGAGAGCACAUGGGCGGAAAGGCCGAUGAGGAGACCAGCGUGAGGUGUAACUGAAGCUCUUGCUUCAAUAUGUGUAUGUUUGUGCACCAAGAGAUUCGGAUGAGCAUUGGCGCAUGGUGGAAACGUGUAUAGAAUACAUAUACAGCGAAUAAUGCAUCGACGCUUCUCUCCCUUC